GGCAAGGGAAUGGUGGCGCUGCUGUGACUGUGGAGCUGAGCAACUCUGAGGGAGCUGCUGUGUCACUCAGUCGCCCUCCCCCAACACACACAACCAGGGGACCUCCAGGUGUUGGGGGCCCUGGCGUCUGUCAACUUCUACCCAACCCUCAUUCCUUUUGCUGAGCACUCAGCCCUCUAGCACCGCUUUGGCUCUUAUUCUCGCAUGUAGUGCUUUUCCCUAUUGUGAAGGGGGGGAUCCACUUCAGGGCUCCCCGUGAAUGCCCCAUUGGGGGGGUACUUCUGCUGGAUGGUGCUGAGGAGCCCACCAGAGGCACCUGGCUCACCCACAUGUUCUGAGGGCAGAAAACGAAGCUCUGUGCUGCUUGGGUGCUGCUGGCUUUACUCUGAAGCUAGGAGGGCAAGGUGGGGGAGGGACCUUUCCAUCCUAUCUAGCCCACUGUUAAGUCUCCAGCCCUGAACUUAAGACACAGUGGGCACCUUCACCCAGCACAUGCUGGGGGGAGGCAGGCACAUGCGCCAGAGGAGCGUUUACCUGGGAGUAAGCUUCCUUUUGCACAGUAGCACUUGCUCUUGAGUAAAUAUGCAGAAGGCAGCACUGUGAAUAUGUAUAGCAUCAAAACCAUUUUGGAUAUGAAAUCCAGGCUAUGCUUCUAGGCAGAAGAAAUUUACUGGUUUAACAUUCAGUACCUGCUCCAUGAUAAUAGUAACAACAUCCCGGCACAUUUGCCCACAGUAUUGUGUGCCUGCUGCAUGUCCCCUCCUUAAUCAGCUGGACUCUACCUAUUGUUCCACCAUCUAUGGUGCAGAGAACUAGCAUUCACAGCCUCUGGCGAGACAUGCAGUGCAGAUUGGCUGGUGUAGUUCUUGGGCAAGAUAAUUUGAUUGUAUUGCUAGUAUCUCUAGAACAGGAGGAAUAUUUAGCAAUAGCAGCUCACAUCUGGUUUUUCUGGAAUGAAGAGAUGCUUCAAGUUUUUUUUUUUUAGGAGACUAGAGUUUGUGGUAGAAAGGGUUUCACAUUGUUUUAUUCUUUUUCUUAAAAAACAACAACAGGCCAUUAUUAGUCUGAAUAAAUGCUACAUGCCAGAACAUGUCGUACUCUACAUGCCUUACGUAUCUGAUGGAAGAAUGGAUUUUUCUUGAAUAUCUCCCAUAUGUGAUCAUCUGUUCAGUAGUGCUGGUGUUUAUCAACAUCCUGUUACUUUUUACAAUUCCUGUAUGUGUGCUGCUUUUUCUUUACCUUUCUUCUUUGUUCCUCUUCAUCUAUGAGAGGACACAUAAACUAAAAGAAGCUUAUUCCAGUAAAGCAUGGGAUGGUGCACGACUAAUUAUAGCAUUCAUGUGGGAUAGACUUGGAAGAUUUUUGAAUGGUUAUGAACUACGUGGCAUAGAAAACCUACCAGAUGGACCAGGCCUUAUUAUAUUUUACCAUGGAACAAUUCCUAUAGAUUAUGCUUACUUUUUAGCCAAACUUAUUCUUCUGAAGCGCCGAAGUUGCUAUACAGUAGCUGAUCGUUGUGUUUUCAAAUUUCCAGGUUUUAAAAGAUUAGGUGCUGUAAUGUGGCUCUUACCUGGUACACAGCAAGAGUGUGUAAAUGUUCUAAAAAAUGGUCAUCUGCUGGGAAUUGCACCAGGGGGAGUUCGAGAAGCACUAUUUAGUGAUAAAUCAUACAAACUUGUAUGGAAAAAUCGGAAAGGUUUUGCUCAAGUGGCUAUAGAUGCCAAAGUGCCCAUCAUUCCGAUGCAUACACAAAAUGUUCGGGAAGGAUUUAGGGUCUUUGGACGAACAAGAUUCACUAAGUGGUGUUUUGAAUCUCUUCGGCUGCCUGUACUUCCUCCAUAUGGUGGAUUUCCAGUCAAAUUUCGUACAUAUAUUGGUAAACCCAUUCCAUAUGAUCCAAAUAUAACAGCUACAGAGUUAGCAACAAAGAGCAAGGCAGCACUCCAGGCAUUAAUUCAAAUGCACCAGCAAAUUCCUGGAAACAUCUAUGAUGCUUUAAUGGAAAGAUUUCACAAAGAGAAGGGAAAAAAAACCUGAAAUGAUUUAGGUCCAGCUCAACAACUUUGGCUCACCCUUCCCAAAGAAAGCUCAACAACUCUGGUCAAUCCACUGCCAGUUUAUUUAUAGUGGGAGGAGAUUGCAGUCUCUUGGAAGCUGGACAUCCCUGAUUUAGGUGAUAAGGGCUAAUUCUAAUAUUAGGGGCAGAAUGAGGCAGCAAAUUAUAUUUAUUAAUGCUGUAUUUUCCCCCUGAUGGUGAGAGGGAGGGGCAUGUAUGGGAUUUGUCUGCCUCCAGGCCAAUUCCAAAGUAACUUGACUCUACACCUUAAUAAGUGGGAGGCACCAUUUGCUGCUCUGCCUGGGACAGCCUCUCUCACCCUGAUCUUGCCACUGUGAUCCAUGCAACAGUCACCUCCAGGCUUAAUUAUUAUUAUUCACUCUACGUGGGGCUGCCCUUGGAGCUGACCCAGAAACUCCAGUGGGUGCAGAAUGCCACAGUGAGACUCCUUAUGCGGUCCUCACCGCGGGAUCACAUUCAUCCAGUGCUAUACCAGCUGCACUGGCUCCUGGUGGAGUACAGGAUCAGGUUUAAGGUGCUGGUUUUAACUUUUAAAGCCCUAUAAGGCCUAGGAACCUCGUAGCUAUGGCACCACCUCUCCUGGUAUGUCCUUACGCUCCUUGAGGUUCUGAGCCUUGAGAUUAGACUGGUCUCAACCAGGGCUCUGCGGGAUUUGACAUCUUUCCGCAGGGCCUGUAAGAUGGAGCUGUUCCGCCAGGCCUUUGGUCGGGGUUCAGUCUGACUCUCUCUCCCCUUUCAUAAGACCUGCAUGAAAAUGGCAUCCCAAUUUUUCUCACAGGCUCAUAUAAAUUCAGCACAGUUGGGCCUGGUGAGCAUUUAAGGUCCCCAACCCUAAUCUGCAGGUUGCCAUCUGAUUGGAUUUUAUUUUGAUCCUGAUCUGAUUUUAGGGUGUAAUUUAAUUGAUUAACUGAUUUUAUGUUAAUGUGUUAUACAUUUGAUGUUAGCCACUCUGAGCCCGGUUUUGGCCGGUGAGGGCGGGGUAUAAAUAAAAAAUUAUUAUUAAUAAUAAUAAUUAUAAAAAGGGAGUAAAAUAAAAGGCUUCUGAUUGUCUGUGUGUCAGUUACAUAAAAUAAAAUACUCAAAACAUUCACUAUAGGGCAACAUCCAACUCUUCUACUUUCUGUUACGCAAUAUUUCCCAAAUCUUCAGACCCAAAAGUCUCAAAUUCAUUUAUUUUCCUUUUCACACAAAAAGUCCCCCAAAAAGGUUCUCUAAUUAUUGAUAUUAGUAAAUUUCAGCAGUUUUCCUCUAAUCAAAUAUAUAAACUUUGUCUCCAAUAACUUCAACAAUUCCUCCAUAUUAACAUUGAAUAUAAAUGAUCUGCAAAAGGACGUUAUGUACUGAAAACAGAGAUGAUUUAUGUACUUUUGU